AUGGAUUUCAAACACAUCUUACACCAGUUACAGCCGCUUUUGAAUGAUGGUACUCUUGCCAAAACCUGCGAAGAUCAAGACGUCGCGAGACAUUACGUCUCAUCCUUGUCUGAAUUAGCAGUAAGUCUUCGGGCACCUGCAAAUAGAGAUACUAUAAGAGAUUCGGGUGUUUUGGAGCGGUUUUUAGACCUUUUGAAUACGACCUUAGAUCAAAAAAGUAUUGCCACAGGCGUCAUCGCUGUGCUGUCAGAAUUGGUUCGCUGUCUUGCCAAUUGUUUAGCGGACAAUGGCCCCAACCGAUCCGUAUUUAUGUCUCAGUGCGUCUUGAAGACGGGUCUAGAAAACUGCCAGCUCCCUCGCUUAUUAAACCCUGAGAUUGCCGCUGACAAUGACCUGGCUUCCAGUUUAAGGUUGAGGUCACUGGCGUUGAUCAAAAAUCUGUGUUUGGACAACGAAACAUACGCUCAAGAUUGUUCAAAAAUAUUGACAACUGCCUUGUUUCAAAUGCUUCGCUCAUCUCGUCUCGACAGCGCUCACGAGGACGAAAUCGACUCCAUAGCGAUGGCAUCAGACUUACUAUUCGAAUUUACCAAAUUUUCCCAUAACAAGGUCCGUGCUGUUGAGAUUCAAAUACUUGUACAAUUGCUGCGGUGUGUCGCACCAAAAGCAGGGACAAAUGCGCCCAGUAAAGACGAAAGUGACCAGGAGGAUCCUUAUGGCGAGAUUUGCCAGCUGCUGGCUGGCACAUUGGAAACAAUCGUUUUGAGAAACGAAACUAUUGAUUUUUCAGAUUCGGCAGCUACGCACAAGUUACAAAAGGCUCUACUAGAAUCGUUAGCUACUCUGGAAUUGAAGGCAAACCUUGAAAAUAAGCUCAUAAUUAUGCGCAGGCUUGUCUCUGUUGUGGGCUUGAUAUCAGCCAACAAGUCCAACUCGAACCUCCAGGACCAGGAUAUGUGCUACGAGGUCCUCCAAAGGACAGAUGGCGGAUAUACCGCCGCAGCAGCCCUCAUUGUGCUCUCUAACUCGGUCUCGUCACGCCAGGUGGCGGACAAAAUCUGUGACAACAUUUCUCUGGGCUCUCUCAUCAAAGCUUGUCAAAACUUUCGGGAUCCGGUGCAAUUUCAAGGUUUUUUGGACUUGACGAAGAAGCUCUUAAACCUCUCUAAUGUGCACGAUUUGCAAGAACCAGAUUUAGCGCUGUUGUUCUCAGAGCUAAAAAUUUGCCACGACCAGUGUCAGUAUUUUCAAGGCCUGUCACCCUUGGUGGAUGCAUUUUUGGACAAGUUAAUCGCGCUACUCCCCGGUUCUGUGCUUCGAAAACUUUUAGCACAUGAGAAUUUCAAGAGCGUCAUUAUUGAGCGUGGCGGAAUUGCAUCUGCCUUGCUUCUAGACAAGCUGGUCUUGCAGAAAAAUGGUCGCGACGAUAAAAUUCUGGCAGAUCUGUGGACGUCGGUAUUUCGGUUACACGAUUCGUCUGUAACCCAGUCACAGGGAGUCUCGACUCCAUUUUUAUUCCAAUUGAUGAAAUCACUGGGAAUUUACCUACGUUCUUUAAACACUCAAGAUCCCAAUCUGGUGUUUGAGUCACAUUCUCAACAGCUUUCAAUGUUGUUGGACACCAUAGCGCCGUUGGUCACCAAAACAGACUCCGCAAGUCGAAGUAUCCAUAAUAAUGGUCGCUUCGUAGCAGGCAUGAUCGUGAAUCUACUCAAGGACAAGAUUAUGACUCCCGAAGAGGCUAAACUACUCGAAUCUGCCACCAAGCUGCUCAUGGACAGCUAG